UUGCCCAACCUCAGGCUCGUUGGAAUUAGUGACUGCUUACCAUCCGACAUACGUGUCUUUACCUCGGACCGAUCUUUAAUCUAUGCAGCCGCAGGCAAUACAAUCUAUGCUUUCCGAGGUCUUCGGCAUGUACUUUACUGCCUUGAGGCGCACACAAGCCCAAUUGUUGAGCUUUUGGCAUUCUCUGACGCUUUCCUUGCCUCUUACGAUGAGUCUGGGACUCUCAUAGUUUGGAAUUUAAAAACCCGAACGGAAAUUAGACGAGAAGAGUUCUCCACUGACACCUUUGUUGUCUCUGCAAUGCUUCACCCUUCAUUCUACCAGAACAAGCUGCUACUCGGCAGUCUUAACGGUCCAUUGAAACUAUGGAAUGCUGUUACUGGAAAGUCGAUCUACUGGUUUAAAGGAUUUGACGCUGCCGUAACUUGUCUGGCUCAAUCGCCGGCCAAAGAUGUAUGCGCUAUCGGUUUGAACGAUGGACGUAUAAUUUUGCACAACUUGCGAUAUGAUGUUUCACUGGUCGGUGUCGCUCAGGAUGGCGGAGCCAUCACCUCCAUUGAUUUUCGUUCCGCGGAGAACAUCCAAACACUGGGAUAUGGCUUUAUCCGCACAGGCUUCAAACUUUUGUCAAGUCCAUUGCCCGAGAAAAGACAAACCUAG